UUCCCAUAAACCCCACAAACAACACACUUUCUUGACUUCUUUUUUCGCAUGUACUCCCAAACUUCUUGGCUGCCGGAGGAAAAAAAGAUGCCGUUGGAUUCCAUCGACCAACGCCGACCUUCUAAGCUGCACCAGCUCGCGGCUGCGCCGCCGCCGGAUCCGGAACACCUUCGCUGCCCGCGCUGCGACUCCACCAACACCAAGUUCUGCUACUACAACAACUACAACUUCUCCCAGCCUCGCCACUUCUGCAAGGCUUGCCGCCGCUACUGGACCCACGGCGGCACCCUCCGGGACAUCCCCGUCGGCGGAGGCAGCCGCAAGCACGCUAAACGCUCCCGCACCAUUCCGAGGUCGGGCUCCGGCGCCGCCCCCGACGGCUUCUCCUCCUCCGCCGCCCACGACUUCCGCCACAUCCCGUCUUCCCCCGCUUCGGCUUUCCUCUUCCCCAUGUCGGGAACUGCGGAACACGCGCCUCAGAUGCUGAACUUGUGCGGCGCCGGCGCCGGGAGCUUCACUUCGUUGCUGAACACGCAGGGCCCCGCAGUUGGGCUUCUGGCGCUGAGCGGGUUCGGAGUCGGGCCGGGAAUGGACGAGUUCGGGUAUGGCGGUGUGGGGAGAGCGGUGUGGCCUUUUCCCGGAGUUACCGAAGGCGGUGCAGCGGUGAUGGGCGGAGGGACGACGUGGCAGCAGCUGGUUGGGAACGGAGAGAUUAGCGGGGACUGUUUCGGGUUUCCGGAUCUUGCAAUUUCAACCCAGCAGGGAAAUGGUAGUAUGAAAUAAGGCGUCCGUACGUCGACGGUCGGCCGAUCUUCGUAGGUGGUAAAUUUAAAACUUCCGGCCGCCGCGGUUGUUGUAUCUUUGCCGAUGUAUUUUAGUUAUUUAAUUGCAGCUAGUAUUUGGAGUUUUAUAGUAUUUUAUUAUAUAUAUUUCAUUUAGUUUUAAACAACAAACAUUUCUCAUCCCU